AUGAAAAUGGACACGUGGCUCAUUACUAAGCGUGAGAUUAAUCCAACGAACAACAAUUUUCGAACUGUACUCUACCUUUCUCGCGCCAACGGUAGAGAAUCCACUUCCGAACUAUAUCUAGGUUUUCCCAUUACUUUUUCUUACUUCGUUUCUUAUCCUCGCCCGCGAAAACUAACGAAUUCUCACUCCUUUAAUCACCGUUCAAAAUCGACACCAAAUCGAGAGGAGCAACUUCAUCGUCGUCCUCUCCUCCGGCGCGGUAAGAUCGUAAAAUCAGCUCGUCAAUUGGGAUUUAUUGAGAGAAAAAAAAUAGCCUAA